GGAGAAACUGCCUGUGUGGAAGGGUGAACCAGGCUGACGUGGAUGAUGGUGUGCCUCGGUUCUGCUGAGUGUAAGGUUCUGCUUUGCAUGGGUGUAAGUGGGCUUCCACACAGCCUUAUUCAUGCUGAAUCAAUUGGCACCAGGAGAGCCCAGAAGCCACACGCAGCCCUGCGGCUUUGCCCCGCUCUCCCUUUCCCUCCCGUCUUUCUCUGCUUCCCUGUCACUGUUACUACAGGAGACAUUCACUUUCACCAACCUUUCUCCCAGCAUCGCCACCACUGACUAUGUAUAUUGUGCUACAAGAGCCCUAGAAGAGAGGGGAGGGAAAGCAGACUUCAACACUUCAUUUUAAAAAGAUCACCAACGAAUUUUCCGAAAUGCUGAAGAAGAAUUAACAGGAGAAGGCAUUUUUGAUCUACCAAGUGAACAAUCACAUCAUCCCGAUCCCGAGAUUUCAUCGCUCGCCUGCGAGCGUCCGCGAUGACAGCUUCUUCGGUUUUGAAUGUAAUAAACAUUUGCUGCUUUUAACUUUUCCGAAAUUUCCCCUCGUUUUUCCCUGGGAUUUUAACUCAAAAAGAUUGGAGAAAGGAUUACUGAAAAGGCUUUUGCAAGCCUCCAAAAUGAUGCUGAGUCCGGACCAAGCCGCCGACUCGGACCACCCCAGCUCGGCGCACUCGGACCCGGAGUCCCUGGGCGGCGCGGACGCCAAGGUUCUGGGCAGCGUGUCGGACCUGGAGCCCGUGGAGGAGGCGGAGGGCGCGGGCAAGGCCGGGGCCCGCGCGGGGCUCUACCCGCACCCGCCGCAGCUGAGCCGCGAGGAGAAGCGCCGCCGCCGGCGCGCCACCGCCAAGUACCGCUCGGCCCACGCCACGCGCGAGCGCAUCCGCGUGGAGGCCUUCAACCUGGCCUUCGCCGAGCUCCGCAAACUGCUGCCCACGCUGCCCCCGGACAAGAAGCUCUCCAAGAUCGAGAUCCUGCGCCUGGCCAUCUGCUACAUCUCCUAUCUCAACCACGUCCUGGACGUGUAG